AGGUGCGGGUGUGCAUGCGGGCUGACAUUUUUGUGGUGGUGUCACACACAUCAAUCAAUUCUCAUCAUCAAUCAUCAGGAGACUAACAGCAACAUGCCAAAGUGUCCAAGUUGCAACAAGGAGGUUUACUUUGCGGAGAAAGUGUCAUCCCUGGGCAAAGAUUGGCACAGACCGUGCCUCAGAUGUGAAAAGUGCAAGAAGGUGCUGUCGUCGGGAUCACACGCCGAGCAUGAAGGCAAGCCGUACUGCCACAAGCCCUGCUACAGUGCACUUUUUGGACCACAAGGAUUUGGACGCGGUGGAACCGAGAGUCACACAUAUUAAAUUUGUAAACAUUUUUCACUGUUCAUCAUGAUUUGCCUUACUAUAUUGGAGUGUUUUUAAAGUGGAAAUUUUGACAAAUAAAAUCAGUGAAUAUUUUUUUUUUUUUUUUGUGAUAAGGCAUUAAAUGCUUUCAUCAUAUACUUUUAGUCAAUUAAACAAUCACAAACGGAUUUAAGCUUUAUCUUUUAAUGAAUUCUAUAUAAUAAAGGUUAGAAAAAUUAACUGGA